UCAAGACCGCUCCACCUCAGGAGGCCCCAUUCAUUUGUUAGUCGUUUUUGGGUUUGGUUUGUUUCACUCGUUGAUGUGCAAGUGAGUUGAAUGGAAGUGAAUCGAGUUCACUGAUUAGUGAUUCACCCACCGACUGAGAUUCUGUUCCAUCUUCCAUCACCACUCUCUCUCCUUUUGGAAAAAACAAACAAAGUUCGUUUCUAAGUUUCGGCAAUGAAGGGUAGGCGACGUAGUGAGAGCAUUUCGUCGUCGACGUCGUCGUCAUUCAGCGGCUCCAGCAAUGGCCGCUCAUUAUCGCUUCAUCAGGCCAAGUCGCUGGACUCGCUGGAUCGAGACGAAAUGUCAUCGGACACGUCUCGCUCUGCUCUCCCCGCUGUGCCAUCGUGGAAACAGCGGCGGGAGUAUCAAAGGCUGGGCAGUAGCCAGCACCAAACGACUUCGACAUUGUCGUCAUGUGAAAGCGGAGAGAGUAGUAGCUGCUGGAGCCGGAGUGAUGGCACCACUACCCAAUCGAGCCGGAGCAGCAGUAGCGUUUACACGGGCGAUAGUAGUGAUACUACCAGCAGUAGUCAAAGCACGACGGCCAGCGUUCGCCAGCGUCCGUUCCAAUACCAUCAGCUGAACGGCCAUCCCAAACAGCGGCCAGCGACGGGCAGCGAUUGCAACAUGUUGGCCAUCUUCAGCUGCUGUCUGGACAACCGUCGGCAGCGUGAGGUUUCACGGAGCACGAGUCGGUGGACGGAAACGCCCGAAUAUGGCCACUCGCAUAGCCUGACGCCGUCUUGCUCUUCGGAUUGCAAAUCAUGGAACGGCUCGUCUGAUGACCAUCACAGUAGUGUACACGAAAUGGGUCACCGUUUCAGCUCCCACGGUCCCGCUUCGGACGGACCGUUGAUGAUCACUAAAGUACCUAAUCAAAGAUACGGCCGGACGAACGUUUUACGUUGGCUGUUGACGGAAGCCGAUCAAGCCGCCGUCGCCGCAGCAGCAGCAACGGGUGAGAUGCCAUCCGGCGUCGUGGAGACUGGAACGCUAGCGCUUCACUAUGCCGCUGCUCGGGGUUGUCUAGAUUGCGUCAAAAUGCUAAUCGAGUCACCUACUCUGGAUUUCAGUGCUGACAUGCAAAUGGAAAACGACGUGACGCCAGUGUACCUGGCGGCCCAAGAAGGUCAUCUGGAUGUGCUCAAGUAUUUGGUUACCGAUGCCGGCGGUUCGUUGAACAUGCGCGCUCAAGACGGAAUGGCUCCUAUUCACGCCGCUGCCCAAAUGGGUUGUCUGUCCUGCCUUCAAUGGAUGGUCUCUUCCAAAGCCGUGGACAUCAACUCCAAGGACGGUGACGGAGCUACGCCGUUGCAUUUCGCCGCCAGCCGUGGACACGUCGACGUCGUGCGCUGGCUGUUGGCCAAAGGGGCCAAAGUCACCCUGGAUAAAUUCGGCCGUUCGCCGCUCAACGAUGCCGCCGAAAAUGAGCAACUCGAAUGCUUGACUCUGCUGGUCCAAAAUGGAACCGACCCAGACUACGAAUCGGAUCUGAUGAUGCUGCAGUCAGACGACGGGAGCAGCAGCCAAUCGCAAAGCUGCAUCUGUUCCAAACAGCGUUCUGCUCAAAGCAAUUGCAGCACGUUGGACGAAGUGUCUGAGGAAGUCGAGGACGACGAUGACGCGGAUUUCUCUUGUUCGCCCAGCUGCGAUUGCCUGCAUUCGAGCAGCUCGACUUGUCACUCGCCCGUCACCGAAUCCGAACCGACUCUCGACAGGAAGCGUACAGAAUCCAAGAAAGAUGAACCCGGACAAAACCGAAAGCCCUUCUAUCUGCACCCCCGCAAAGAGGUUGACUUGGCAGCACUGUCGAGAACCAUUCCCAACCAGACAAGUUUCUUUCUCAAUCCGUCUGACCAACUGGAGAACCGCAAAAACCAAAAUUUGAGCUCCGGCCAUCGUCACCACCACCACCACCGUCAUACUCAUCAUCGUCACCAUCAUGAGAACCAACAUACGGACCCCCAGCAAAAACCAUUUUAUCUGCACGAUCCAGAUUCCAUCGUCUACACGCGUGUCAAGGAACUGUUUGUCGCUGGCAAAGAAAUAAUCGACAAAAAACGUCCAACAAACUUGGCUGGAGCCGGCUUCUGCGGUUUGAAGGAUUCCGAGUCGUGCCGGUCUCACUCUGGCAGCUCGAAAAUGGCAACGACGGAGUCAGCUUCCUCGGAAUGCGACGGUUCGGAUUCUGCCAGUUUAACAAACGACGAAGACAAUAACAACAAUCUGAUUCAAUCUGCCCAAUCGGAAGAGUUCCACGCAUCCAGCAGUCACUCGUCUUCGAUUUCAUCGUCAGAAUUGUCUUCGCCGUCAACACCGACCUCUUCCUCCUCCUCAUCUUCUUCUUCUUCUUCCUCUUCUUCUUCUUCUUCUUCUUCUUCUUCUUCUUCUUCUUCUUCUUCUUCUCCUCCCUCAUCUUCCUCCUCGUCGAGAUCUUCCGCUCGAGGACCGGAAAAUGAGUACGAGGAGAUUUACUCCGUGCCGAAUUCCAGUGCUCGAAGCGUUUACGAAAAUCCGAACGCUCUACGGAAUGAUACGUCUUCUGAUGAGGAUGAAGAUGACAUCAUUUCCAUCCCUCCGCCUCCGGAAUUUUGCGGAUCGCCGUCUGAUGUUUCCAAUGACUUGCCGCAUUUUCAUAGUCGACAAGCCGACGAUUCGUUCACCCGCACAGCCAUUUCUCCGUCGAUGGGAAUGGAACACCGGCAACCGAGUUCGUGCAACACACUGCCGCCACCACCUCCUCCUCCUCCGCCGUUCCGAGCCGAGGACUCGAGGGAAGAAGGAAAUCUGGCCGACGUGGAAAGUUCUUCCGUCUCCUCGUCACUGACUUCGGAUUCGGGAUCUGAAGAUUCCGAUAGGAGUAACGACGACGACAGCAGCAGUGUAGGAGGUCCAUUCAACCUUACUCUAGCCGAAGCCACUAGGCAAUUCUACGCUACAAGAAACACCGAGGACCCGACGAUGAAACCCUCGUUCCUUCGCAACACCAGGAAGGGCAUCCGCAAUGAAUCAGGUCAUACCUGCUUGAAUCGGCCGAUGUCGCUACCAGCGGACAUGGGUGACGCACUAAUGGAGUCCUUGCGUUUGCAUGCCGACCAGCAACAGGCUGCCAAUCCAGUAAACGGCGGUCCAAGUAGCAACAAACACAUCUUGCUGAGCAAGCAAAUGGCCCUACCCUUCAUCCCUCCGAAAUUCCCGUCACCAUCCGAGACUGACACGUUGAUCAAGCCGUCGGAAUACCUGAAGUCUAUCAAUAUGGCUCAACCGUCAAACAGGUCCAUCCGACCCCCUCCCAUGCACCAUCAGCGACACACACCUGCUCCAAUCGUCUAUUCUUCAGUGCCUCUGCCUGCGUUUGAGAGCGUCAAGGAACAGGAAGAAAAACGAGUGGAACUAGACCAAGGAGAGUUGAAUGACGUCGACACAGAGAAUGUAUAUGAAGAAGUCCAAUCACUGCCGGAUAAAGAGGAAGAAGAAGCGGAAACAAAUGAAACCGUGCCAAUUGCUCCCGCAGUCAAUAAUGAGACGACUAAAAGUCCUGUAGUGGCACUGCUCAGCAAUGCGUCUAUGUCAGCACCUCCUCCACCCCCGCUACCGGUCAUUCUGGAAGACGACUCUUAUGUUUCGUACCACAAGCCUUUGACAACUACUCAAAGUGUCAACAAUCAUCAGCAACAACAGUCGCAACCACAUCACGCACCAUUGGCACCGACGAAUUCGCUAUCGCAGCCUCUGUCGUCCAUCAGCAUUCUUGACCUUCAGAGUGUCCAGUUGCGCAAAACUGAAAAUAAACUAGCGAAAACCGUAUCGGCACCAUCGAGAGCUGCUGCUCCUCUCCCAAUUGCCGAAGUAAUUCCCGUUCAGCUUGAUCUGAUCGCUGAACUUAAAACCUGCAAAGAUAUCUCUGUAGUUGGUAUUAAGAAACUAAGAGUUGAACGCGCCAAAGAGGAAGUUCAGCAAGAACAAACUCAGGCCAAGGAGUUUGAGAAACAGUUUACAUAUGACAACUUUUUGGAGAAGGUACCGGACAAGGACGUAACGGGAGCUGUGAUUCCCGAAUGGAAGCGGCAGAUGCUUGCUCGUAAAGCAGCUGAAAAGGCCAAAAAGGAAGCCGAGGAACAGCGUCAGCGUGAGCUCGAGGAGAAGAGGCAACAAUCCAUGCCGGCAUGGAAGCGCCAACUCCUACAGCGCACUACAACUACAGCAACUUCGUCCGAUCGGAAGGAAGUUGAGGAUGUCAAACAAUCGCAAAAUAGAAGCCAUCCUUCUGAAGAGGUGAAAGCGGAAGCCGCAUCAGUUUCGUCGUCGGUAGGUAAUCACCCAGUGUCUUCCUCGCCUCGUCCCGCUGAAUCAGCUGGAGUGGGCGUUAUCAUUUCACCUUGGCGAAUGAAUCUUAAGAAACCAGCAGCACGCUAAAAAGAGAAACAUCAUGAAUAUUUUUUUUAAUGAAACGUGAUAUUAUAGAUUUUUUUUCUCGUUAUUUUACCGUCGAAAUUUGCUUGUUUCAAUUUUAUCUAAUUUUUUUUUCCCACUGGGUUGUUGGUUUUACAUUUUCAAAUGCUUUUUUUUAUUUUUGUGUGGCCUUAUGUAAAUAAUCAAGGACAAAAAUCUGCUUUUGAGAACCCAUAUCUUGGGAUGAUUCUUUUGUUGUUGUUAACGGAGAAAUAUAUUAUCUAAAUUGGUUCCAAUA